AUGACCAGAGAAGUUCAAGAAUGCAAGACGAAGGGGACCAAGAGGAAGGCCAGUCCUGAUCAUGAGUCCAGGAAAAGGACCAAAACUGAUCAGGAGUCUGCAUCUUCUUCAGCAGGAACCGGCAGGGGUAGGCUUGAGGUAGGCUGCUGCUUUGCUUCCCAAAGCAGCAGUACCUCUUUGGGGGAUCUGAAGAUGUCUCGUAAGAGGAAGGCUGCCGCUGACGAGGAAGGACCAAGGGCCAAGAGGAGGAAGUGCAGCCCAGCCCUGAAGGUGAUCCGGGAAGAAGCAGAAGACGAGCCUGAAGACUCCGCAGACUCCCGCAGAGCUGCUUUUGAGGCCAAAUACGAGCAGCAGGAUCAGUUCAGCGCAGGAGGAUGCGGGGCUGUGUUUGCUGGUUACCGGAAAGUGGACAACUUACCGGUCGCCAUCAAACGUGUCCAGAAAGACAGAAUCCCCUACAAGCAAAAAGACCAGAGCGGGAAGUGGGUUUCUGUGGAGGUGGUGGUGAUGCAGAAACUGGGCUGUGGCUCGCCUGGUUCAGUAUCUCUACUGGACUGGUACGAUCUGCAGCAGGAAAUUAUUCUUGUUCUGGAGAGACCAAUCCCGGCCCAUGACCUCCACACGCACAUCGAGGCCAACGGAGGUUGCCUUGAAGAGCAGGAGGUCAAAAUUAUCAUGAAACAACUGGUAGAUGCAGCAAUACAUCUCCAGAGUCAGGGGAUUUUCCACCGGGACAUCAAAACGGAAAAUGUUCUGAUUGAGACAGGUUCAGAUGUUCCGCGGGCUCGUCUCAUCGAUUUUGGAUUGAGCUGCUUCUUCAAGAGGAGAUCAUCAUAUCGUGCCUUCUGUGGCACUCGUGACCACAUCCCUCCAGAGUGGUACAACCAUUCUCGCUACUCUCCUGGCCCGACAACAGUGUGGCAGCUGGGAGUGGUCAUGUUUGAGUCACUGCACAGAACUCAAUUUGAGACUCAGAUCUUCCUCAAAGAGGGACUCACAAUCAACGGAAGCCUCUCCAAAAAUUGCAGCAAUUUCUUAAAAAUGUGUUUGGCGGAAUUACCACAGGACCGUCCCACCCUGGAGGAGCUAAAACAACAUCCAUGGCUCAGAUAA